AUGGCCAACUUUCAGUCCUCAAUCAUGCUAUUUCUAGCCCAUUUCAUCCUAUUACUGGGUCUACCGACUGCCCUGGUGGGCGCGGUCCCAAUGAACCCAAUGGCCAACAGCCUGGAGGUUUCCAAACGGGCUAGCUCAAGCUACUGGAUGGCCAACAUUAAGCGCCAGGGUGUGGCGCCUUUCAACAGCGAUUCAGACUACAAGGUUUUCCGCAAUGUCAAGGAUUUCGGCGCUAAGGGUGAUGGCUCCACGGAUGAUACCGCUGCUAUCAACAAGGCCAUUUCCUCCGGUGACCGCUGUGGCAAGGGUUGCGACUCAUCUACCACUACUCCAGCCCUCGUCUACUUCCCGCCUGGUACCUAUGUGGUGUCCAAGCCUAUCGUCCAGUACUACUACACCCAGAUCGUCGGCGAUGCCACGGAUUUGCCCGUUAUUAAGGCCGCCGCCGCCUUUUCUGGCAUGGCUGUUAUCGACGCUGACCCCUACGAGGACGAUGGUGCAAACUGGUUCACGAACCAGAACAACUUCUUCCGUGGAAUUCGUAAUCUUGUCAUCGACCUGACUGCCAUGCCCAAGGGCUCCGGUGCUGGUAUUCAUUGGCAGGUGGGCCAGGCAACCAGCUUGCAGAACAUUCGAUUUGAGAUGGUCAAGGGCGGUGGCUCUGCUAACAAGCAGGAGGGUAUUUUCAUGGAUAAUGGCUCUGGUGGCUUCAUGUCCGACUUGACCUUCAACGGUGGUAACUACGGCAUGUUUCUGGGCAACCAGCAGUUCACUACUCGCAACCUGACUUUCAACGACUGCAACACCGCUAUUUUCAUGAACUGGAACUGGGCAUGGACCUUCAAGUCGGUCAACAUCAACAAUUGCGAGGUUGGUCUGAACAUGUCCACUUCGCCGUCUAACCAGACUGUUGGAUCUGUCAUGAUGCUCGACAGCAAGCUUACCAACACCCCUACUGGUAUCGUUACUGCCUGGACCAAGAAGAGUAUCCCCGUCGGUGGUGGCACUUUGGUCCUGGACAACGUCGACUUCUCUGGCUCCAAAGUUGCCGUUUCUGGUAUUGACGGUAACACCAUCUUGACGGGUGGUUCCGUUGUCGCCAACUGGGUCCAGGGUAACACCUACACCCCAAGCUCCGGGCUCAGCAAGCGUGCCGUUCAGGCCGAUGAGGACGCUGCAGUUGUUACUGUUACCCAGACCGUCAUGCAGACUGUUGAGGCCUGUCCGGCGUCUUAUACUUCUGCCACCCUCGCUAGCAACAACGCUGGAGGUGGUGUGGAGACUACUGCGCAAGCCACUCCUGUCUUGCUCACCGGCUCUGAACAAGGCGAACGUACCAUCGCGUUGUCGGGUACCGGUGCCUCUGAGAGUACCCCUACUGUUGAAGCGACCCUCAAGCCUACUGUCACCAAGGAACUCACAGUGGUGCCCUCCGGUGAAAGCACCUUUGUUGCCACGGGUACUGCGGAGAACACUGUCGUUGCCUCUGGCGCUGGCAAGAAUACUGCUGCUCUCACUGCCGAAAACACUGUCGCUACCACUGGCGCUGGCAAGAACACCGCCACUGCUGAGAAUUCCGUCGUUGCUACUGGCACCUCAAUUGCUCAAAGCUCUCACGCCGCUAACUCGGGCUCUGGAUCGAGUGGCAGCACUGGCACCUGUGGUGCUAACCAGGCUGUCGAGUCCGCUCGCACCCAGGCUACUAUGAAGACCGCCUCCAAGCCAGCGGAUCUCCUAGUCGAUGGUGCCGUCUUCGAAAAGUCCAAGCCUCUGUACGAGAGCCUCCCUGCCUCUUCCUUCAUCAGUAUCAAGUCUGCUGGCGCCAAGGGUGACGGUUCCACCGAUGAUACCAAGAUCAUUCAGAAGGUUCUGAACAGUGCCACCUCUGACCAGGUCGUGUACUUCGACCAUGGUGCCUACAUCAUCACCGACACCCUCAAGAUCCCCAAGGACAUCAGGAUUACUGGUGAAAUUUGGCCCAUGAUCAUGGCUCACGGCAGCAAGUUUGCUGAUGAGGAAAACCCAAUCCCCGCUAUUCAAGUCGGCCAGAAGGGCGAGACCGGCUCCGUCGAGAUCAGUGACCUUGUUAUCAUGACCAAGGGUGCUGCCCCCGGUGCCAUCCUUAUGGAGUGGAACGUUGCCGCUACCACUCAGGGCUCGGCCGGCAUGUGGGAUGUUCACUUCCGUAUUGGUGGUGCUGCUGGAUCUGGUAUGCAGAGCAACACCUGCCCUAAGACUCCCAAGGUCACAACCACUCCCAAGCCUGAGUGCAUGGCCGCCUUCAUGCUCCUUCACGUCACCGAGAAGGCCAGCGCUUACCUCGAGAACACCUGGAUGUGGACUGCCGAUCACGAGCUUGAUCUUGCCGGCCAUGCCCAGAUCAACGUUUACACCGGCCGUGGUAUUCUCAUUGAAUCCAAGGGCCCGGUCUGGCUGUGGGGAACUGCAUCCGAGCACCACCAGCUCUACAACUACCAGGUCUCCAACGCCGAGAACGUCUUCAUGGGUCUCAUCCAGACCGAGACUCCCUACUACCAGUCUAACCCUAGCGCUCUCACCCCUUUUACUCCCCAACCUAAGAAAUGGAACGAUCCCGACUUCUCCACCUGCAUCACUGCCUCGUGCCGCAAGUCCUGGGGUCUGCGUGUCCUCAACUCCUCGGACACUUAUAUCUAUGGCGCCGGUCUUUACAGCUUCUUCGAGAACUACGCGCAGACUUGUCUCAACUCCGAGGACUGCCAGGAGAACAUGGUCGAGGUCGAUUGCUCCGAUGUCCACAUCUACGGUCUCACAACCAAGGCGUCCGUCAACAUGGUCACCUCCUCGAGCGGGAAGAGCAUGGUUCCCGAACGCCCGAACAAGAGCACCUAUGGCUCGACCAUUGCCUUGUUCCAACAGUCUGUCUAG